AUGUAUAUAUGGGAUGCCGUAUGCCAGAGUGGUGACAAAGAUGAUGCUUUGAGGAUUAAAGCCGCUGAACAAGCCUUCAGAGCUGAGCAAGGUCAUAAGUUCAUUUAUCAUCAUUGUUGGGUUAUCCUACGCGAUCUGCCCAAGUGGGCUGAGCACAUGGAGAAGGAGAAGGAAAAGGAGCAGAAGAAAAAGAACAAGAGGUCCAGACGUGUAAGCGACCACGAUGAAGAUGAGGUUGAGGAAGAGGAAGAACGUCCAAUUGGUCGUAAGAGGGCCAAGCAACAGCGUCGCGAACAAAGAGCAGCCAACGCCUAUCAAGAAGAGGCUAUUGAGCUCGAGAGAAAGGCUCUUGCUUUGGACGAAGAGUGUACUGAAUCUCUCAAGAACAUCGCAAAGACUCGUGCGCUGUCGCUUGAGCAUGACAUGAAGGUCAGAGAGGACGAAGAGAGAGCGAGGGAUAUGAAGAUCAUGUCGAUGGAUCUCUCUACUAUGGACGAGGGUCAACGUAAGUAUUUCCAGCAUUUGAAGCAAGAAGUUUUGCGUAAAAUGGGUAUCGAAUAA